UGUUCAUGCGCUCCACAGUGCAGGAGCACAGCGCCUUCAGAUUCGCUGUCCAGCUGUACAACACCAACCAGAAUGUGACGGAGAAACCCUUCCACCUCAAUUAUAAUGUUGACAACCUGGAGUCCUCCAACAGUUUCUCUGUCACACACGCCUUCUGCUCCCAGUUCUCCCGAGGAGUCUACGCCAUCUUUGGCUUCUAUGACAGGAAGUCCAUGAACACGCUGACCUCCUUCUGCGGGGCGCUGCACACCUCCUUCAUUACGCCCAGCUUCCCGAUUGACGCUGACGUGCAGUUUGUCAUCCAGAUGAGGCCGGGGCUGCGGGGCGCUGUUCUCAGUCUGCUGGCCCAUUACAAGUGGGAGAAGUUCGUCUACCUUUAUGACACUGACAGAGGUUUCGCAAUCCUGCAGGCCAUCAUGGAGUCGGCUGUAGCCAAUAACUGGCAGGUGACAGCUCGCUCGGUUGGGAACAUUGUGGACCCCACAGAGUACAGGCGCAUCAUCGAGGAGAUGGACCGCCGGCAGGAGAAACGCUUCCUCAUCGACUGCGAAGUGGACAGGAUCAACUCAAUACUGGAGCAGGUGGUGACCUCGGGAAAGAACACCAGAGGAUACCACUACAUCCUCGCCAACCUGGGUUUCUCCAACAUGAGCCUGGACCGGGUGUUUUCUGGUGGAGCCAACAUCACCGGCUUCCAGAUCAUCAACCCAGACAGCCCCAUCGUCCAGCAGUUCCUCCAGCGCUGGGAGCGCCUAGAUGAAAGAGAAUUUCCAGAAGCCAAAAACACUCCUCUGAAGUACACAUCAGCUCUGACCCAUGAUGCCAUCCUCGUGAUCGCGGAGGCCUUCCGGUAUCUUCGGCGACAGCGGGUGGAUGUGUCUCGCAGGGGGAGCGCUGGCGACUGCCUCGCAAACCCUGCUGUGCCCUGGAGCCAAGGCAUAGACAUAGAGAGAGCCCUCAAAAUGGUUGCAGUACAAGGUAUGACAGGAAACAUCCAGUUUGACACGUUCGGUCGACGAUCUAAUUACACUAUUGACGUGUACGAGAUGAAGUCUGGAGGCCCCAGGAGGAUCGGCUACUGGAAUGAGUACGAAAAAUUUGUUUAUAUUAUGGAUCAGCAGGUCACCAACGAGUCCUCUUCUGUGGAAAACCGAACAAUUGUGGUCACUACUAUUAUGGAAGCUCCGUAUGUGAUGUACAAGAAAAACCAUAUGCAGGCAGACGGGAAUGACAGAUAUGAGGGCUACUGUGUCGAUUUAGCUUCUGAAAUUGCGAAACAUGUGGGGAUAAGAUAUAAGCUGUCAAUAGUUCCUGAUGGAAAGUAUGGAGCCAGAGAUCCUGAGACCAAGACGUGGAACGGGAUGGUGGGUGAACUGGUUUAUGGGAGAGCUGACAUAGCUGUGGCUCCGCUAACGAUAACAUUGGUCAGAGAAGAGGUGAUAGACUUCUCUAAGCCCUUUAUGAGCCUUGGAAUCUCCAUUAUGAUAAAGAAGCCUCAAAAGUCCAAGCCAGGGGUGUUUUCCUUCCUGGACCCUCUGGCCUAUGAGAUUUGGAUGUGUAUAGUUUUUGCCUAUAUCGGAGUGAGCGUGGUGCUCUUCCUGGUGAGCCGCUUCAGCCCGUAUGAGUGGCAUCUGGAUGAGAACGAUGAGGUCAAAGACCCUCAGAGCCCCCCAGACCCUCCAAACGACUUUGGGAUUUUUAAUAGCCUGUGGUUCUCCUUGGGCGCCUUCAUGCAGCAAGGAUGCGAUAUCUCACCAAGGUCUCUGUCGGGACGCAUCGUCGGAGGAGUGUGGUGGUUCUUCACCCUCAUCAUCAUCUCCUCCUACACAGCUAACCUGGCUGCCUUCCUCACAGUGGAGAGGAUGGUAUCUCCCAUCGAGAGUGCCGAGGACCUAGCCAAGCAGACGGAGAUCGCCUAUGGGACGUUAGACUCAGGCUCGACCAAGGAGUUCUUUAGGCGCUCCAAAAUAGCAGUAUAUGAGAAAAUGUGGUCUUACAUGAAAUCGGCUGAGCCCUCGGUGUUUGCCAAAACAACACCAGAUGGGGUUGCCCGGGUACGAAAGUCGAAGGGAAAGUUCGCCUUUCUUCUCGAGUCUACUAUGAAUGAAUACAUAGAGCAACGGAAACCCUGUGACACCAUGAAAGUGGGCGGAAACCUCGACUCUAAGGGUUAUGGUGUGGCCACUCCGAAAGGCUCUGCAUUAGGAACUCCUGUAAACCUUGCAGUAUUGAAACUCAGUGAACAAGGCAUCUUAGACAAGCUGAAAAACAAAUGGUGGUACGAUAAGGGUGAAUGUGGAACCAAGGACUCUGGAAGACAAGACAAGUGCACUAAGUCUGAGCAACGUGGCUGGAGUCUUCUAUAUUCUGGUUGGAGGGUUGGGCCUGGCUAUGACUGUGGCUUUGAUAGAGUUCUGCUAUAAGUCACGGCAAGAAACCAAAAGACUGAAGCUGGCAAAGAAUGCUCAAAACUUUAAGCCAGCCCCUCCAGCAAACGCCCAGAAUUUUGCCACGUAUCGUGAAGGCUACAA